UUCAAUGUAAACCUUCUCAGUGAUGGAAAGCAGCGGCCAACAUCAGAAGCAGAGUCACUCACUCGGUCUGCGCUGCAGUUUCUCAAAAUGUGCUGUGCAAUUUUCUUUCUCCAGCGCGGAUUGAAACUCCGGGAGACCUCGGCCUGUAAUGGGUAGCAGCUGCAUUAACUAGUGGACACUCUUCUAUUAACUGUUUUUCUUUGCCGCCGGCCAGGUCACCGAGCUGCGCACGCACUGUGGGCUUAUCCACCGACACCUGGCAGGAAGAGUGACGGUAAACUGACUAUUUAGUGUCCUAAAGUGGCGCAUUUUCGGCCUGUUCUGAAAGAGAGACUGGAUCACGUGAACAGGUGACCUCGAAGCUGCACGUUAUCUGUCUCUUAAAAUCCUCCGGGUUUAAGAGGAGAAGAAAGGGGACAAAGAGACACCUGACAAACAUGGCUGCACAAGUGCUAAUUGGCCCAGACCAUGAUGCUGUUUGCAGCCAAAACAGCAGCAGCUCCCAGGCUGAGGGUUAACUUGUCACAGACACUACCUCAUCAAAUGACUCUGUCCUGACUCACAUAGAAGUCAGGGGCUGCAGGCCACAGCAUGGGCAACUCCUCCAGGAAGGGAGGGGGAGACGAAGAAGAUGAGGGGGGCAAGGAUGGCGAGGAGGUGGAAAUCACAGAGAAGAAGAAAGAAGAGGAGGAGGUGGAGGAAGAGCUUCCGCUGGGGGUGGAGGAGUUGUUUGAGAGUGGGGAUCCCGUGCUGGACUUGAGCUACCGUAAAUUCAAGCGGUUGCCUUCACGUGUUUGUGGACUGAUGCAUCUGGAGAAGCUGUAUGUCUGUGGGAACAGGCUGCGCACUCUGCCGGACAGCAUCUCCCAGCUGCAAGGUCUGCGGAUACUCGCCCUCGACUUCAACAAGAUGGAGGAAGUUCCUCAGGCCGUCUGCCAGCUCACCAACCUCACUCGCCUGUACCUGGGCAGCAACCGGCUGAUGAACCUCCCGCCUGAGCUGAGUAACCUGCAGAGUCUGCGCUGCCUGUGGGUGGAGAGCAACUACUUCCAGAGAUUUCCACGGGAGCUCUAUGACCUGCCCCACCUUAAGUCCCUGCAGAUGGGGGACAACCGGCUAAAGACGCUGCCCCCUGACCUCUGCCGCAUGACGGCUUUAAGGGGAUUGUGGCUCUACGCAAACCGCUUUGAAAUCUUCCCCAAAGUCCUGCUGCACAUGGAGGGCUUGGAGAUACUAGACAUGGACCGCAACAAGAUAUCAGAGUUUCCCAGCCUGAAGCGUCUCCGAGCCAUGCGCCUGUUCUCCUACGACCACAACCCAGUGAAAGCCCCUCCAAAAGUUGGCGAUGAGGUGCUUGUUGUUGGGGAGGGUGCUGCGGAGUUCUUGGAGGUGCGUGAGGCCAGGAAGGAGAGACUACGAAAGGCCGCGGAGAAAGAGGCCGAGGAGUUGGCUCUGGCAGGAGAGGAGCCAGUGAUUCACGGCAUCCUGAAGAACAGCAGCUCCAACUCAAAACAAGCAACAAACGGAGAUGUGGCAACUUUAGGGGACACGGAUGUUAAGGAAGAAGCAAAGGAGGAAGAGGAGGAGGGGGAAGAGGAGGAUGUGGAGCUGCCAGUCACUGAGUAUGACGGAGCUGAGCUAGAAUAUGACGAGCAGGGGGUUGAAUAUGAGACAGAGGAGCUGAUAUAUGAGGGAGAUGGUUUUGAAUAUGAGGGAGAGGAGCUUCAGUAUGAAAGAGCUCAAAUGGACUAUGAGUAUGAGGAACUGGAAGACACGGGGAGGCAAGAUGAAGGGGCAUGAAAAUCCCCUCAUACAUCCGGACUGAUCUGUAGGCAGGUGGAGGUGGAUGACGGAAAAUCCACACAAACACACUGAUAGAAGCUGACACAAGGCGAGUGUGCUGCUAGUUCCCAAUCUAUUGUUAACUGUGAAAAUAAAUUAGCAUUGAGGCAUUAUGAAACUAUAAACUGACAGCACCUGUGACAUCUCAAUCGGCUGCAAAUGACACAUCAGAGCAGGACUCAGGUGGUGUUUGUGUGUGUGCGUGUGAGUGUGUGUGUGUGUGUGUGUGUGGCUGUUUUAAAUUAGGGGUUGUUUUCUGAGUGUACACAGGAGACCAAGUCUUCCAUUAUUAAAUAUUAACUCAGC